AUGAAGAAGCGAGCCGAGUUGAAUGAUAAACUGCAAUCCCUUCUCUGUCCUACCGACAAGUGCAUCAUGUCUGCGAGAGUCGUUAACCUUUCGAAAAGGAGUCUAACACCCGCCGAGAUAAGCCUACUGUCUAAAGGACUUAAAUUCAAUCAUACCGAUGCAGCACCAACAAACUUCCUAGCGAGUCUUGAAUCCGUCCUACUGGCUUCUGCUAUCCCCGAAGACGUGCGUGCGGACAUACGCAGUUGUGCCAGUGGUCUUCUUCGACAAAGGAAACGUCACCGUAACUUGACCAUCGAUGAAGAAAAAGGGUUGCGAUCUCUGAAGACUGAUGACAGUAUCGUGGUUGUACCUGCUGACAAAGGAGGCGCAACCGUCAUCAUGGACAAGGCUGAUUAUGUUCGAAAAGCAAACACUAUCUUUGAUGACAGGGAAGCUUACGCACCACUCGCUGAGGACCCGAGGAAGAAGCAGGCCGCGGUUAUAAAGAAGAAGGUGAAUGAACUCGCUCGACUGAAGCUGAUUAACCCGAAUGACUCCAAAUUCAUGACUCUCACUGACCCCCGUAUCGCGCAUGCCUAUGGCCUUCCAAAAGUGCACAAACCAGAUGCACCAUUGAGGAUAAUAGUGCCACUCAUCGGGUUGCCCACUUACAACCUAGCCAAAUGGCUUUACAGGCAUCUGAAGCACCUCGCUGAUGGAUCACAAUACAGCAUCACAAAUUCUCAGGCAUUCCUUCAAAGGAUUGAAGGUCUUAAAGUAAGUCCUGAUGAAAGUAUUCUAUCAUUUGAUGUUGUCGCAUUGUUUUCCUCAAUACCACAUGACCUUGCCAUUGAGAGCGUGGCCCAUCGCUUACGAGACAAUCCCAUCGACCUUCCAACACAUCACGUUCUAGAAUUUCUUAAGCUCUGCCUCAAUAACUAUUGCCAAUUCGAUGGCAAAUACUACCAGCAGGUUAAGGGCACCCCAAUGGGUUCGCCAAUUUCGGGGCUACUUGCAGAACUAGUCUUACAACGACUAGAACAAGAUGUUGUGCAAAGUUUCAACCAAAAACGUGGCUCAGAUACGUAG